AUGGUCCUCUCUUUCAUUCUUGUUCAGAAUCGCCAGGGCAAAACGCGCCUGGCGAAGUGGUAUGCACCCUAUAGCGAUGAAGAAAAAGUCAGAUUGAAGGGCGAGGUGCAUCGCCUCGUUGCCCCCCGAGAUCAAAAGUAUCAGUCGAAUUUUGUCGAGUUCCGCCGCAGCACUAAGAUCGUGUACCGCCGAUACGCUGGGUUGUUCUUCUGCGUUUGCGUGGACGCUAACGACAAUGAGCUCGCAUACUUGGAGGCUAUUCAUUUCUUCGUCGAGGUGCUGGAUCAAUUCUUUGGGAAUGUGUGCGAGUUGGAUCUUGUUUUCAACUUUUACAAGGUCUACGCCAUCCUGGAUGAAGUCUUCCUUGCCGGCGAGAUUGAAGAGACGAGCAAGCAAGUCGUGCUGACGCGACUUGAACAUUUGGAUAAGCUGGAGUGA